AUGGUCGUCGUCAAGGGUACGCGGGGAAACCCCAAGGGCCCGCGGUUUCUCACCCAACGCAAUCUCGAAAAGGCUGUCCUCAAGACCAACGGUGAUGAGACGCCGCGCCCGCCAAUCGCCCCGGGCAAGAUGCAGCUAUUCUCAUACUACCGACCAGGUUUGUCCGCGGGCACCUACUCCAUCUACGCGGAGCAGCUCAUCCAGGGGCCCGCGAGGCUGGGCCAGCCACAGAUCCGCCGGGUGACCAACCAUGAGAAAGGCAAAACUGCCUAUCUCCCACAGCAGUUCGAGGUCAUGGCGCCCCAAUUUUCCCUGGACAACAAGCUGGUCAACAGCCACUAUCCGCCCGAGGGCAACCAAGACGAGAGUCGAGUGUUGCCGCACAUCGUGAUCAACGACCCGCACUUCCCGUGGGAGAGGGACGCGGGCAAUCUCCAGAAUCUGGACCAGGAUCCGCCGUCGCUCCAAGGGCCCAGAGACCUCGACGUCGACGAGACGGGGGAAAACUAUCUUGACUCGGACGGCCACGUCACCACCGACCCGGACAAAUACGUCUACCGCAACCUAGUUCCGUGGGUCAAGCUGCUCGUGUUCGACCCCGAGGAGCUCCAGCUCGGGCCCGAAGAAGGAACGGACUUGGGAAUCAAGGGGUUUGUCGCAGAGAAUCAACCGUCCAACGGGGCCUUCUCCAUGACCGCGGCCGACUAUUUUGCCCUGCCGCAGGGGAACCGUAUCCGGUUCGAGGAAGCGUUCGGGGACGACCAGGACAGCCUCGAUGCAAUCAAGUCCGGACGGAUGUCCAAGCAACCGACCCAGGCCAUUUUCCCCCGGAAAGACUUGUUUCGCAGCUUGUGCAAAGAUCUCGAGGGCAACAAAUACCUCGCCCAUGUGCGCAACAUCAACACCGUGGGCUUCCCCAACGCCGGUGUGGAGGAGAACGGUCUCUUCUCGAUUGUCAUCUCGGGUCGCACGGGGCCCCUGGAAUUUGAUCCCCCAGACCUUCCCAAGACCCAGAUCUGCCACUUGAUCUCCCUAGAACACGCCGACCGGUCGUUCGCCAUGGACUUUGCCGACUGGGCAGACGCCGAUCCACGGGGGGAUGAACGAAUCGGCAUUAUUUCUCUUUUCUCCUGGACGUACACCGCUCUGCCCCCCGACCCGGUCAACUUUGUCGAUUCGAUGAGGGCCAUCGUUCAGAACAUCGAAGAUGGAACGCCCAGGUACAUGCAGUUGCUGAAGCCGCCACAACGCAUGAUCACCGCCAUGGAAGCGGACGUGGAAACUCUUUCGGCCGUCCAAAACAACGCCAGGAAAGCGCUAUCCAGGCGCUUCGACAAAGGCUAUACAAUCUCGAGAUGGCGUGCCGAGACGGGCGAAGUGACGGCCGCCUUUAAUCGCGGCCCGCUAGUUCCCCUGCCGGUUCCACAGGUCCCUUGCCCGGACUGGCCUACCGGAUCGACGACAUCGAAGAGCUACCAAAUCCUGGAUCGCGAGACGGGCUUUAUGGAUCUCUCCUACUCGUCGGCGUGGCAGCUCGGGAAGAUUCUGGCAAUCUCCGACACCAAUUUCAGCAGCGCCUUGACGAGAUUCCGCAGCUUCGUCCAAGGCGCGGCGGAAUCGACUGCCCGGUCGGCUGUAAAUAGGGUUCCGAGUAAGGUGUCUCUGAUCCGGGGCAUGCGAGACAACGUCGGGAAUAUCGACUCCCUACUCGACGAUGACGUUUCCGAACCCCGAAGAGUGAUAGCACCGCUAAGACGCCGCGUGGUGUCCCGGCUCGACGAUCCACUCAUUAUGGCCGCCAUGGAGGUGACUGUCGCAGACGCGGUGGCAGACGCGGGCUCGGCGGGACCCGAAAUCUACAACGAGUUCAACGUGUACGGCGAAAACAACACUGACUGGUCCACGAUCCAUAGAUGGAUCACCGACAAGUUGUAUCUGGGAGACAUCCCCGCCCACUACUUGUUCCCGGACCCGUCCUACAUCCCCGACGAAUCUCUGCGGUUCUUCUACAUUGAUGACGCAUGGAUGGACUGUCUGAUCGAUGGCGCGUUAAGCGUGGGGAACCACCUGUCUCGGGAUGACGACCUUGUCAAAGCGAAGAUUAAGGAAUUCUACAACACAUACUUGAGCACCGAGGUCCCUGGCACGAAUGGGUUGAAACCACAGACCCCGCAUUACGGAUUCGUUUUGCGCAGCCAGAUUGUCAAGUGCAUGCCUGAUUUGCGAAUUACGGUGAAAUGGAACAACGAGGACGAAGCGGAUCCACGAGCCCCCGUUUGUCAAUGGCUUCGUCCGGAUGACAUUACCCUCAUCUGCCUGCUCGACAGGCCGCCGGAGGAGCUCCAUCUCUACGAUGCGGAUCACCCCGACAAUUCGGGCAUCGCGCUUGCGCAGCCGCCUCACCAGCAACGGUUUUCCUUUGGCUAUGCGUGGGACGACGUAAACAAACAGUUUGGCUUUCUGCUCAGACAGCUGUACACUGACAACCCUCCAGCCGGCGAGUGGAAGGAAGAGGCUGAUUUUGACGAAAACCCCAAUGACUUCGUGAACCUCCAGACACGGGCCAUCAAUGCCACCGCCUUGGCCAAAUAUGUCAAUGAGCAACUGGCCAAGUACGUCGAUGGAGAGGACAGCGACCCCGAAACCUCCCGGAAGUACCGUGAUUGGGUUGCAACCUCGGCUGAGUUGGCGAUGGUGCUGAACGACCCGGCGUAUUACUUCGCUAUCCACCCAAAGACGGAUGAUGAGAGCACUAACAGGACGCCUCGCGUCCGGCAGAUCUGGACACAAUCGGAACAGGCCAAAGUUAUGGGAAUCGCUUCGCUCAGGGCGGCGGUCCGCAAGAAGCCGAUUGAAGAUCGUGCGCGCCCCCCAAAGCAGCCAGCGUCGCGGCAGGCUCUUGUCCCGGUCCCGGCGGACGCGCCAAGCAGAGGCCCUCCUAUCGUCAUGCGAAAGGCCGUGGCUGCUUCGGACGACGGUCUCGUGCAGGGUCUCGCGGCCCGGGCGGUGGCGAGCCCUUGCUUUACCCUUCAGGUGUAUGCCUACUACAAGGGGAUAUCGAAACCACCGAGCAAUGUGACGGGAUAUGCGCCGAACGACUACAUCCCGACCCUAAAUAAAUACUUGCUAGAUCUAAUCUUCGUCGUUCGCAAAGACCCGCGCAAAAUCGUAGGGAAUAACCAGCUGCUGCGUGAGGUCCAGAUCGACAUUCCCCACCGGGCCCUCAACACCGGUCGCAAGACCGACGCUCUGGUGCGGCCUGACUGGAGCGGCGGCGCGCGCAUGCUGAGCAACCAGCGGUUCGUGCCGUUCGUAAACCGGACGCCCGACGCGCUGCAGGUACGGCUGGUGCCGCGCAGCGCGGCCGAGCACCCGGUCAUUCGGAUGGACGACCAGCGUGCUGCCGACCUUUCGUUCCGGUUGUCUAAUGUGGAGGUGCCAGUCAGUCAGAUCAAAAAGUGGGUUACCAUCGAGGGCCAGCGUGAGCGAGAGUUCUUGGGCUAUGUCGUGCUCGACUGGUACGAGCGGUAUGACGAAGGCGGCGUGGUGUCGCCUGUGUGGCAGACGACCACGGUAUUGAAGAGGGAUGUGACGGAGGACUAG